ACCAUUACUGCUUUCCUUCUCUUCUUCAUUUUACAAAUCGUCCAGUCUUAUUAAGAUAAUUGGUAUACUUCACAAAACUAAAUCAAAUGCUUCAUUUUGAUAGCGGAUGAACCAAAACUUUGUGAUCGUUUUUUUGUCGGGAAAAUCAGUUUCAAUUUUGUUAUUAUUUUUUGUUUUAUUCACACAAUGGCAGAAUUUUGUUUAAGAGUUAAAGACAGAAAAUCUUUUGCAACUGAAAUCAGAUGUGGAGAGGAUGAGUGUUGUUAUGUGGACCGAGUGUUCACCCUGAUCACAGAACAGCCCCCUCCUACAAACUGUCUGCAUGUUUGGGGGAGGUGUCUGCAACUUUCCCCCGUGGUCGGCCUCGCAGGCCUCUCAGAUCUGGAGAAGAUCUGGCUGAUCGUUCUGUGUGUCCUGAUCUUCAUAGUGCUCCUCGUUAUCAUAUACUUCGCCACCAGGAUUGUCACUCAGAAGAAGGGAACGAAGAAGAGGAGUGUGGGGACGGAAUCUAACAUUGUUAUUAACGUGGAGGCUACGGAAAUGAAGCCUAGACUGGUGGAAGCAGCUCAGACUGUAGCCUGUAAUGCUGGGUUACACGGGAUACAAAGUGUCAGAACUGAUUCCCAGGAAAAGGAACCAGAUAAUUUAAAAGAGAAACUUACUCUUCUCAUACAAGCCAGAGAGGAAGAAAAGUUGGCAGCUUUUUUAGAAACAGUUGAGGGUUACUAUGAGGGUCAAAUAGAUCAGAGCUCACUCCUAAAGGCUAAAGGAGUACUGAAGGCUUGGAAGAUAGAGAGUGAGCUGCAGAACUAUUGUGAUAAGACAGAGUGUUUGCAGCCAGGCGAGGUGGUAGGAUUACAGCGGUGUUUGGAGGAGUCCUCCCAUCACGACAACCACAUUUACUCCAUCAUCAUCAGACACGCUAAGAGGAGACUUAGCUCAGAGCUGGGAAAACAGAACAUGAUCAACGAGCUGAAAGUACAGAUGAAGGAGGCGAUGCACAGUAACGAUUUGGAACAGUUGGAAAAGUUGGUGGACAUUAUCAGAGCUAAGCAGCUGGACCGCGAAUUUGAGACGGAACUUUGGUAUGCACAAUGCCAGUUUGAGAAGAACAGUAAGAAUCGGCUGCUGCAAGUUGUAGAGCGGGAUUUGUCUGCUGCCAUGGAAUGUAGGGACUCAGCUGCUCUAAACAGGGCUAUUCAGCGAGCGGAACAAAGUGAGGAUCGGAUAAAAUUGACCAAACAAAUGGAUGAAGCAAAAAGAGCACUGGGGGAGUUACGAGAAUUGGAGAAACUAAAGAACCUACACAAACUGAAGAUAACUAACGCUAUUAGGAGUAAGGUUAUUCAGAGAAUGGAACAAACUUUACAUGAUGUGAAGGUGGAUGGGUUUGGCGAAGAUUUAAAAGCGGAGAUAUGCGACCUGGAAAUGGCUUUGAAACGAAAGUAUUUGCAAAAGCGCUUGAAAGGAAACCUGAAUGUUGCUAUCCAGAAUCUAGAUCUAGUUCGGUUAAGACGCGCUAUAAAUGAGGCCACCACUGCUGGAUUUCUUUCGGAAUUAGGCAUCGAGCUUGAUGAGGCGCAGGGGUUGUUGUCAAAACUAGAAAGAUUGGAACUUAUCAAGAAAGCAGUAAUGGAACUGACAAAUGGGCACAUUGCUGAAAUCAAGAGUUACAGUGCUCCACCAGUGCAGGUUCACAAAGUGUUGAUGGCGUUGCUGAUAGUACUUGGGGAGGAGCCUGAACUUGUCAGAGACUGGUUCGAGAUUCAGGUACUGCUGGUGAAGACAGGUAAAUUGUCGCUGAAGAGGAGAAUACAGGAGUAUAACGCGGGAAAUCUGAGCACUAGUAGCGCUAAACGAGCAGCUAACAUCAUAGGGGACAUUCAGAGUGAAGAGUUGCACAGUAUAAGCAAAGCAGCUAAGGUAUUCUAUUUGUGGACCUCAGCUGUAGUUGAAGACCGGCUAGCUCAGGAUGUCAUCCAAUAAAAAAUAAAAACAUAUAUUUAAAACAAUUACCUAACACUGGAUUUGUUUUUAGUCACUCGGUACUGUAACCUGAUCUGCCGAGCAGAAAAUAUUUGCUGCUGGAAGGAAUUAGCGUUUCGUUUUUUCAGUUUUAUUUUGUUUUAUCGAAUUGACGUAAAUAAUUUUGAAUUAAUUUACUUAUACUGUUCCAAGAUCAUGAAAAGAGGAGCUCAGUCAAAAAUUGUUGAAAAUUCACGAGAUUUUUUAUUACAUUUGUUUACCCAUGUAUUUUGUGGGAAAAAAUAUUUAAUUUUAGAUUUAAUUUUCAAUUUUUGUGUUCCUCGUGUUCGAUGUCAAUAAUUAAUCAAACUUUAAUGACAACAACUUUAUACAAAAUUUUAUAA